UGUCGCCACCUAGCGUCCAUCUUGCGUGAUUCUCUCUCAUCGUGUCAUCCAGGUGACGCGAUCGAUUGGUCGAGUCUGCGCAGGUAGUUCAGGGAAAUGCGGAGCGGUCGAGGUCGGAGCGAAAACAACAUCCGAGCGUCCUCGCGAAAAACACCGAGAUAACGCCCUGGCCUCUUUAUUUAUACCACAGUGGAGUUAUUUGAAAAUUGAAAAUUUUCAAGAAAGUAAUUCGCGACGUUUCCUGAGUCUUAUCAGCGUGGAAACGAGGGGGGACACGGAUCGCUGGUACUUUCCACAUUUAUAAUGCCUCGACAUUUGCUUGGGUGGAGAAGGACUUAAUGGACUCCAUGUGGCUGAAACUUCAAUUUGAGGCCUACUAAUGCUUUGGGGGUCCGCACGACCAUGUUGCUUCAUCUUGAUCUCGUCCUCCUCCUUGUCUUCUUCCGCUUCACCUGUGCUGAUCUGACCUGUGUCAGGAGGUUGCCUUCCAAAGAGGACGCGACACAAGAGGAAGUGUUUGUGGACGACGGGGAGGCGAAUUCAUUCUUGGGUCGUCACCUGCUGUUCAACCGGUUCGACUUUGAGAUUUUUGUCCCUGGAAACCUGGAAAGGGAGUGCUAUGAAGAGGACUGCAAUUAUGAAGAAGCAAGGGAGGUCUUUGAAAAUGUCCAAGCUACAAAUGACUUUUGGAAGAAAUACACUGCAGAGAAGGACGACCGACCCUCGAGAGUUGACAUUACUUCCCUCCUGGUAGCGCUGAUUGUUGUCGGCGUGGUCGUCGUCCUCGUGGGCCUCCUCGGCUGGUAUUUUUGCCCGGGCAAAUGUAAGGACGACUUCAGCCGGGCCAGCUCAGUGCGGGUUCGUCCCAGGAGGAGCAACGCCGCCCUCAUCAUACGUCGGCUAGAGGAAGUGUCUUUACAGCCCGUGGUCCCGCCCCCGCCCCCGAUGGACGACGUCGAGCUUCCGGGGCUGCCCACGUAUGAGCAGGCCAUCGCAAAAAGCGGACAACACGAUGCCCCGCCUCCUCCCUAUCCCGGGUAACAUUCACGGCAUGGAAGUAUUCGUCGGUAGUGUUUUCAGGAGCUCGUGUGCUUGUUGACACUGUACACAAAUGUGGACAGGAUCACAAGAUGCCCGUGUCUCCCGUUUACCUUUCUUAUUACUCUCGUGCCUUUAAUUCAUUCACUUUUAAUGUGAACCUUUCAGACCUUAAAGUAUUGUCACUCCAUCCUAUCUUAUGUUUUUUUUUCUGCUCUAAAAUUCAAAUCUAUGCUGAAAUAAUUUAACUUUUAAGAGCGGUUAGAAGGACAAAUUAUAGUGGUGCAUUGAAGUAGGAAUUAAGUCGGGACAUGAGUUUUUUAUGAGUUUCUAUGAGUUUUUUCGACGGUGGCCGUCGCUAGGCCAUUUUUUUUUGAAUUACCUUCUAUACAAUAAAAAAUUGAUACCAGCACUUAGCAGCAAACUUAACUCAGUUCUCAUCAAGCAGCACCUUGGCACAUAGAAAACAUAUUCUUUAAACACAAAAAAAGAGGCUUCAAGCAGUUUAUUUUUCGUACCACAUGAAACUUACUAUUAACCAAACAUAAAACUGAGAACAUUUUUAAAACAGGGUAAGGGUUAGUUUUACACCGGUGCUUUAAGCAAUGUAAAAUCGAAGACAAACGACACAUUUAGACAGACAUCAUACCAAUACUCACAUCUACAUUCUUUAUCCUUGACUUUUAUUGCAGCUUGCUGACUCUCUUCAUAGCAAACGUCUUUUUCGCUUGUCUGUGAUUGCAUGACACUGCCCCCUGGCGGCAGAGGCACUCCAGUAAGAGCACAGGGACUGGAAUGGAUUUGUCGCAUUUCCAUUCAUUUCAUUUGCUAAAAAUGAUCUGACCUGAAUGAGACUGUUUUGAGUUACGUGUGCUGGAGGGACAAAAGAAAUGCACAAGUCAAGGUACCACUGUAGUCACGUCACCUCUUUAAUUGAGCACUUCCCGUGGUUGUCUUUUAACAUGCUUUUUAUAUAAAUAUUGCUGCUGUAAUUAUUGCUUUACAUGAUCCGUAAAAGCAAGUGCGAGACUGAGAACGACCUUCUGUGAUGUGAAUCUACUUCGAUGUUUUCUUUAUGGGGAGAAUAGGGUCUACAAAAGGUACUUACAUAAGCAAGAAAUAAAUUCAACCUUAAAUGAAUUAAAGUAAAUGAACAAACAAACAAAUACAUACUUGACGAAAAAGGAAAAAGAAAAGAAAAACUGAUUUUUAGGCUUUGCAAAAUCAGUAAAACUAGGUCGAAAUGACCACGCUAAAUUUCUUCAUCUGGAGAUUUCCCUUUUUUUUAAGUGUAUCGUGCAUGCUAAAAUUGUAUUUUGAGACUCU